GCAUCAAGCUUAGUGACUGUAACUGUGCAGGGGGUUAGCAAGAGAUUUAAAAAGUUAAAUAUCGGUGUAUUGCGCUUACAGGAACUAGGAAUACAUGCCUGGAAGCUGCUGGACAGAGAAAUAGAUAUUAAUUACCUGGGUGCGCAAAGUGAGUCAGUUGCUUGUUAUCUAGAAAUUUGAAGUAUUAAACCUUUUUAUACCGAGCGGAGGACGGUGAGUACAUUAACCAUAAGAGUAUAUUUAGCUUUACUGCUGGUCGGACUUUUUUUUUUUUUUACCCGCGCGUGCUUGUUGAUCGGUUUAACCAGCUCCGGGAUGGUUCGGUCCCGCUAUUGCUUUCUUGCCGUCCUUCUGUGCCUAGCUGGGGUGGGCGCUCAGUAUGAACGGUACAGUUUUAGGAGUUACCCCCGGGAUGAGCUAAUGCCUCUUGAGUCUGCUUACAAGUACGGACUGGAUCAGUACAGUAAUGAGAAUUGGCCCGAGACUGUACAUUAUUUGGAGAUCAGUCUGAGGCUUUAUCGGUUGUUGAGGGACAGCGAGGCUUUCUGUAACUUGAACUGCAGCACCGCACGUAUGCCAGACAACCAUCCGGUACAGAACGAGAGAACCGAAGGAGAAGAAGGAGCGGUCCAGCUUGGACGAUUUGCUGGCUUCCCCGAACUGAAGGUGUUUGGCGACCUGCUGAUGAGGGCCAAGUGCCUUAAACGUUGUAAGCAGGGGCUUCCAGCUUUCAGACAGUCACAGCCCACUAGAGAGACCAUAGAUGAAUUCCACGACAGGGAGCCAUACAAGUUCCUGCAGUAUGCUUACUUCAAGACUAAUAAUCUGCCAAAAGCCAUUGCUGCAGCUCAUACGUUUCUGCUUGUACACCCAGAGGAUGAGAUGAUGAAGAGAAACAUGGCAUAUUAUAAGAGUAUGCCUGAUUCUGAGGUGCAUAUCAAAGAUUUAGAGACCAAGAGUUAUGAGAACUUGUUUAUCAGGUCGGUGAGGGCAUAUAAUGGUGAGAAUUGGAGAACCUCUAUUUCUGAUAUGGAGCUGGCACUACCGGACUUUUUCAAGGCAUUUGAAGAAUGCAUUGCUGCUUGUGAAGGAUCCCGGGAGAUUAAAGAUUUUAAAGACUUUUAUCCAAACAUAGCAGAUCACUACAUUGAGGUACUGAAAUGCAAAAUCAAAUGUGAAACCCAGCUAACACCUGUCAUUGGUGGCUAUGUUGUGGAAAAAUUUGUGGCAACUAUGUAUCACUAUCUGCAGUUUGCCUAUUAUAAACUGAAUGAUGUUAAAAAUGCAGCUCCUUGUGUGGCUAGCUACCUACUCUUUGAUCAGGAUGACCAGGUGAUGAAACAAAACAUGGUGUAUUAUCAGUACCACAAGGAAAAAUGGGGAUUGUCUGAUGAUAACUUCAAACCAAGACCGGAGGCAGUUCUCUACUACAACAUCACAACCAUGCAGAACGAAUUGUAUGAAUUUGCCAUGCAACAUAUUGUUGAUGAUGACGAGGGGAUAGUCGUACAAUAUCUUGAUGAACUUUUGGAGGAAAAUGCAUAUUGAAGAAUUUUUUUCCCACCUCUGACAUCUGUGGGCUGGCAGCAUGCACUGGCUUUAUACGUUUUCAUUGUUAUUAUUUUAUUUGCAUUGAGUUUGUAUUGUUUUACCUUUUUACCGGUAUUUAUGGAACUUACCAACAAGUAUACACAGAAAAAAUUGAAUAUCGUUUUAAAACUCAUCUGCCAUGUGUAAUCAGUAACAUAAUAACAAUUUAAAUUGUAAAUGUCUGUAUAUGAGGAUAGUCAUAUGUUUUUUUGUUUGUUUUUUUAAGAUAUAUCUAGAUGAGCGAUGGUUUGUAUUUUUAUUUACCUUGCAUACAUCCCCACAUGGUUUGUCGGGAUUUCAAAAUCCAAAAGACUAUAGUUUGUUUCGUGUUUUUUGCCGAUGCUCAUUCUGCUUGAUGAUGUCUAAAGUGAUGUUUCAGAGGAUGUAACAACUCAGGAAAAAAAUGCAUUGGACUCUUAAGUACAUUGUUUCAAUUCUUGCUUGCAACAACAUACCAGUACUUCUUCCCAGCUAUUGUAUAUGAUGUGUUCUUCUGCUGUACGAGCUCUGCAUAAUAGCACAAAUGUGAGUUCUGAAUAAUCAUUUUUAUUUUUCCAACUUACAGAAAAUGCAGAAAGCAUGGAAAACGUUAUAUAUUUCUUUUUUUUUUUUUUUAAACAUGUUAAGCAUUUAAUUGAAUUUUUGUGCCUCAUGCAGGGUAGGCAUAGAAUAAGAAACUGGGAGGAGCAACUAAACUGGCAGGUAUUGUGUACUUUUUGGUAAGGCAUUUUUGCAUCUUGGUUUGUGGUUAUCUGGGAUCAAUUUAAAUAAAACCAGGACUCCUUUUUAUUGUGAGGUAUGUAAAUUUAACAACCAUUGUUUAUUAUCUGAAACAUUAAAAUAAAUGCCUGUUACUACAUAUGUAUAUAUUCAUACUUUUUGUUAGGAUUAACAGCUUUAUCUCAGUCUAUUCAUUAUCAGACAAAUACAGACAAAGGAAACCCUUUACAUUUCAGGAUGUAAAAGGUUUCAAGGACCUCAACGUGGGCAUGAAAGCACACAAACUUUCUUUAUAUCAUAUUGAACCCCGGGGCAGACUUCAUUCUUCUAUUUAGGUAGAUGAGGUGCAAUUAAUUUUCAAAUCUUUGCCCCGAGACUUUAUUAUUUGUAGACAACCUUGAUAACUGUUUACAGAGAGUUGCAGGCCCAGGUAUAACUGGCCACUGGCACUGGCUUUUCAGUUGGUGUAUGUUACCAGGUGGGAACCAGAAGUAUUGCAUGGUAGGCAACCAACAUUCAAUGAAAGGCGGCCUACACUGCAAUAUUAUGGAUGCCUAAGGUGAUAAUGCUUGGUUUAUUCUAUACAAGAACAUUUAUUCUAAAGUUGCGUUCUUUUCUGGUGGCGGACUUUAAUCUUCUAAUGUUACCAGAGGGUACAUUUAAUUUUUAUGUUCCCAUAGUAUUGUAUGCUAGAUAUUCCGGCAUCUCAUGAUACAGCCAUGAAUUAAGGUAAAACACUGUUAACUCAGUAGCUGCUACCAUAUGCAUUUUUGAGUGAAAUGAUUUGUCAAAAGCUCAUUGUUUUAGCUUUGAUGAAAUAAUUAAAGCAUUGAAAUGUAAAGCCACUAUUUUUGUUAAA